UGCAACUACAAAGGAUAGAAGAUAAAUAGAUAAUAAUCUCCAAAUCAUAAGUUCAAACAUUCCCAAUGGAGACUCCUAUCUCCAGAUCCCUCAACAAGCUCUAUCCCAGUUCCACUGAUCAUACCAUUCAAGACUUCAACUCACUUUUUUCCCACCUAAACUUAACAUUUUUAGACCAACCUAUUUCAAAAUCUAGCAGAAUUUUCAAGCCCUGCCUCAAGUUUUGCUCAACUUCCAUUUCUUUUGAGACCGAAAACACGAAUCUUGACAAAUCCUUGUGCCUGAAUUGGUUGAAAUCAGGUAAUAAGGAUGCCACAGUUGCCAAUUCUUUGUUCCAGAACCUCUCUGUUUUUGAAAAGGCUUUGAUAGGUGCUGGCGGUGGAGGAUUGGCUGGUGCAUUCACUCAUGUAUGUCUUCAUCCACUUGAUACUAUCAAAACAAAAUUACAGACUAAAGGGGCUAAAGAAUUGUACAAAGGUCCAUUUGAUGCAAUUUUCAAGACUUUCCAGAGUGAUGGUCUUUUUGGUUUUUAUAGAGGAAUUUCUGCAGUAAUUGUUGGUUCUACAUGUUCUUCUGCUAUGUAUUUUGGUAGUUGUGAGUUUGGAAAGUCCAUUUUGUCGAAACUUGAAUAUCCUUCUGUGCUCAUUCCUCCAACUGCUGGAGCAAUUGGGAAUGUUAUAUCAUCAGCUAUUAUGGUGCCUAAAGAAUUGAUCACACAACGCAUGCAAACCGGGGCUAAGGGAGGAUCUUGGGAGGUUUUGCUGAAAAUUGUUGAGAAAGACGGGGUUUUGGGCUUGUAUGCUGGUUAUUCUGCUACAUUACUCAGGAAUUUGCCUGCUGGUGUACUAAGUUAUUCAUCGUUUGAGUACUUAAAGGCUGCAGUCUUGAGUAGAACAAAGCAGACAGAUAUGAAUCCUUUCCAGAGUGUAAUAUGUGGAGCUUUAGCUGGCGUUAUAGCAGCAUCCUUAACCACACCGUUAGACGUUGUCAAGACUAGAUUGAUGACUCAGGUUCGAAGGGAUGCUUCUGCUGGAGUUUCAGCAACUUUGAAACAGAUCUUGAUGGAAGAAGGUUGGGUUGGAUUCAGUCAUGGGAUGGCGCCUAGGAUAGUCCACAGUGCUUGCUUUUCGGCUUUGGGCUUCUUUGCAUUUGAGACAGCCAGGCUUACACUUCUGCACCAGUAUCUUAAACGGAAGCAGCUCCUAGUAGAUGAUCUUUCCUUAGUUCUCAAGUAAUGUGCCAUGUCUAAGUUGGGGCAAUUGUCAUUUAAUC